AGCAAGAUGGCCGCAUCAUGGCGUGUGUGAGAGGAGGAGUCCCUGCCAGACGCACUCCUCCUCUGUUUCCCUUUCCCUGUCACCAGCUGUACUGAACACCGGGGCUGGAGGAGGAGAGGGGCCCCGGGACCAUGGAAAGUAACAGGGACGAGGCCCAGCGCUGUGUGAGGAUUGGCAGGGCGGCGCUGGAGGCCGGUGACAGGGAGCGAGCCCGGAGGUUCCUGCACAAAGCGGAGAGACUGUACCCGAGUGCCCAGGCCCGAGAUUUGUUGGAAGCUCUUGACAAAGAUAAUUGUACAUCUGAAAAUGAAUCCCAGAGCACAAAAGCAUCAGCUGGACAAGAACAAAGUAAACCUAGUGCACCUACUGGUGCUUCAGGGGAGACCGUGAAAAGAUUCACUAAAGAACAGAUGGAGGGGGUGCAGAGGAUAAAAAAAUGUGAAACCUAUUACGAGGUGUUGAGUGUGAGUAAAGAUGCUGGUGAAGAAGACUUAAAGAAGGCCUAUCGUAAGCUUGCACUCAAAUUUCACCCUGAUAAGAACCAUGCACCAGGAGCUACAGAUGCAUUUAAAAAAAUAGGAAACGCAUAUGCAGUGCUCAGUAAUCCAGAAAAACGUAAGCAAUAUGACCUUACUGGAAGUGAGGACCAAGUGCACAGUCACCACAGGAAUGGCAGCUUUGACUUCCACAGAGGAUUUGAAGCAGACAUAACCCCUGAAGAUCUUUUCAAUAUGUUUUUUGGGGGCGGCUUCCCUUCAGGAAGUGUACAUUCCUUUUCUAAUGGCCGAGCCAGAUAUAGCCAUCAUCAGCACCAGCAUCACAGUGGUCAUGACAGGGAAGAUGAGAGAGGAGAUGGUGGGUUCUCAAUGUUCAUUCAGCUGAUGCCUAUAAUUGUACUGAUUCUCGUCUCCUUACUUAGCCAGUUCAUGGUUUCAAAUCCACCGUACAGUUUAUAUCCUAGAGCUGGUGUUGGACAAACAAUCAAACGUGUUACUGAAAAUCUUAAAAUUACUUACUAUGUCAACAAGGACUUUCAGUCAGAAUACAGUGGCAUGUUGUUACAGAAAUUAGAAAAGAACAUUGAAGAGGAUUAUGUGGCCAAUAUUAGGAAUAAUUGUUGGCGAGAGAGACAGCAAAAAUCUGAUUUAACACAUGCAGCAAAAGUGUACAGAGACGAGAGGUUAAGAAUGAAAGCAGAAUCCUUAUCAAUGGAAAAUUGUAAAGAACUUCAACGAUUGACCUCCAUCUAUCGAGGCGGAUAAACCCUGGAACACUAUUCUAUCUACAUACUAAUAUACAUAAUUUUUCCCUGACAAAUACAAACUGUAGUUUCAUCGUGAGUAGUGAUACAGGGAGUAAAAUGUGAACUGUUCAUUGAGCUAACGCUGGCUACUCUUUAACUUCCUGAACAACUUGAAGGUCACACAGCCCAUUUUUUACAUUUUUAAUUGCCCUUUAAGUCUCCAUUCCCAUCUUAACUAUUUGAUGAGUGCAACAUGUAGGAAUAGCAAUUGUUAAUAAUGAUCUCCGUUCUAGUGUGACAUGUAUAUACUUCACAAAGUUCAAUUGUAUAUAAGUCUUAUUGUUAAAGUCACAGUCACAUCAGAAUUGCUUAAUUUUGCAUCUAUUACCAUGGUUUCCAGGCACAGCUGCAUCUUCUGUUGGAAUAAAUUGUGAUAUACUCAUGAAUUUGAGUGAUAUACUCCUAAUCUAGUGAAUUUUAACUUUGUGGAAAGUACCUGUUUUAACAUGGCUGUAAUCCUCCCCAGAACUGGUAGUGACCAUGUUUGAAUCAUUGGUACUAUUUUGGCAUUACUAAUUACUUACCAAUAAAUCAUUUCGGAUAAGCUA